UUGCGCUCGUUUGGCCGGCCUCAUGUAAUCUCGAACAAACGGUAGUAAUACGUGGGCAAAAUGAGUGUCGAAAACCCGAUCAGCGAUAGUAAUUGUGAAUCGGGAAAGUUAAACGGCAAUAAAAAUGAACACGUGAACGGUAUUCACAACGGAUACAGCAGCAGCUCGGAUAAGCACAAGUCCGGCCACAAAUCAUCCAGCAAAGACAAGCAUCGCGACAAAGAUCACGAUCACAAGAGCUCUAAGCACAGCAGCAGCUCUAGCAGGGAAAAGGACAAGGACAAACAUUCAAGUAGUAAGAGCCACAGCAGCUCCCACAAGUCCUCUAGCAAAGACAAGGAUCGCAGUGAUAAGAAGGAACGCAGUGAGAAAGACCGAGAGCACAGCUCCAAAGAUAAGGAACGAAGUGACAGAGACAAACACCGCAAUGACAAGGACAAGCACAAGGAUAAAGACAAGGACAGAAGUGAUAAAGACAAAGACAAACACAAGAGCAGUGAUGAAAAGAAAUCAUCAUCUUCCAAGGAUAAAGACCGAGAACAUAAAAGUUCAAAGGACAAAGAGCAUAAGUCUAAAGACAAGGACAAGGAGCGCGAUCGUGACAAGGACCGACACCGAAGUGACAAAGACAAACACCGCAGUGAUAAAGAGAAACACACUAGUUCAUCAGAUAAACACAGCUCCAGUAAGAGUAAAGAGAAACAGAAGAGCAGCAGUACAAAGGUUAAGUCUGAAGUAGACUCUCAAGAUCCUCUUGUGAAACAGGAGCCUAUGCAGGUAGAUGAACCAGAAACAGCAAUUAAAGUCAAGAAAGAGGAGGACAGUGAUGAUGGUGACAUAGGCAUGAACCACACUGUUUCAUCAUGUGACUACUCCCUGUCGCAGUUCAAGGACGAACCUCUCGGUGACCUACCCGAGGACGAUAGUGAGGACGACGCAUCAAUGCCUGAACGCAAAGCUCCGAAACGCUCUCUAGCUAGUGACACCGAUGAAGAUGCACCUAUACUAAAAUCCAAAAAGGUGAAAAAGAAAAUCAAGAAAGAAGAAUCUGACUAUGAUGAUGAAGAUGAACCAAUUGUUAAAAAGAAGAAAAAGAAAGAGAAGCCUAAACCAGCAGCAAAAGUUAAAUCGGAACCAAGUGUAGGCGUCAGUCCCACAAAAAAGAAGAAGAAAACAGAUGCUGCUGAGCAAGAAGUUUGGAAAUGGUGGGAAGAAGAAAAGAAGGAUGAUGGUACUAAGUGGGCAUUCCUUGAACACAAAGGGCCAGUAUUUGCACCGGCUUAUGAACCUCUUCCUGAAAAUGUGAAAUUCCGUUACGACGGCAAAGUGAUGAGACUUUCACAGGAUGCUGAAGAAGUGGCAGGAUUCUACGCUCGAAUGUUGGAUCACGACUACACAACUAAAUCAGUAUUUAAUAACAACUUCUUUGCUGACUGGCGCAAAAUGAUGACACAUGAAGAAGCUAAGAUUAUCAAAGAUCUGUCCAAAUGUGAUUUCAAAGAAAUGCAUUCAUAUUUUCAACAACUAGCAGAGAAAAAUAGAAAUCGCACAAAGGAGGAAAAGGCAGAAUUAAAGGCAAAAAAUGAGGAAAUUCAAAAGGAAUAUGGAUUCUGUACUAUAGAUGGUCAUAAAGAGAAAAUUGGUAACUUUAGAAUUGAGCCUCCAGGUCUGUUCAGAGGUCGGGGUGAACAUCCUAAGAUGGGUAUGUUGAAGAGACGUGUGAUGCCAGAAGACGUGUUGAUAAACUGUUCCAAGGACAGCAAAAUACCCAAACCUCCACAGGGCCAUAAGUGGAAGGAAGUAAGACAUGAUAACUCAGUCACUUGGUUGGCGUCAUGGACUGAAAAUGUUCAGGGUCAGUCCAAAUAUGUAAUGUUAAACCCAAGUUCAAAAUUGAAAGGCGAAAAAGAUUGGCAAAAGUAUGAAACUGCCAGAAAACUCCACAAGUGUAUUGAUAAAAUCAGAGAUACAUAUCGUGCGGACUGGAAAUCUAAAGAAAUGCGCGUCCGCCAGCGUGCAGUGGCACUGUACUUUAUUGAUCGCCUUGCUUUGAGAGCUGGUAAUGAAAAAGAUGAUGAUCAAGCAGAUACGGUGGGCUGCUGCUCAUUGCGUGUUGAGCACAUUGAACUGCACAAAGAAAAAGAUGGCAAGGAAUAUGUAGUAGUAUUUGAUUUCCUGGGUAAAGAUUCUAUCAGAUAUUAUAAUGAAGUACCAGUGGAAAAACGCGUAUUUAAGAAUCUCGAACUGUUCAUGGAGAAUAAAAAAGACAGUGAUGAUCUCUUUGACAGACUUAAUACACAAACUUUGAAUGAACAUUUGAAAGACUUGAUGCCAGGGCUGACUGCAAAAGUUUUUCGUACGUACAAUGCAUCCAUCACAUUGCAAAGACAACUUGAAGAACUUACUGAUGCUGAUACAUCAGUACCUGAGAAAAUUUUGGCUUACAACAGAGCAAACAGAGCUGUCGCUAUUCUGUGCAACCAUCAACGAGCUGUACCUAAAGGUCAUUCAAAGUCCAUGGAGGCUCUAAAAGAUAAAAUCCAAGCCAAACGUGAUCAAUUAGAUGAAGCUGAGGAAGAUUUUCGUCAAGCUUCCAAGGCAGCCAAGCGCGGUUCAGUUAAAGAAAAAUUUAAUUGUGAUAAGAAAAAGAAAGCCUUGGAGAGAUUGAAAGAACAGCUCAAAAAGUUGGAACUACAAGAGACAGACCGUGACGAAAACAAAACUAUCGCUCUCGGCACUUCUAAGCUUAAUUAUCUUGACCCACGAAUUUCAGUGGCUUGGUGCAAGAAGCAUGGAGUCCCUAUCGAGAAGAUUUACAACAAAACUCAGCGCGACAAGUUCCGCUGGGCUAUUGAUAUGGCCGGCCCCGAUUACAUUUUUUAAAUUGUGGACGUAACUAACAGAAGCUAUACAUUAUUUUACAUUAUUAUGGUAAUUUUCCAAUGUAUGUACAUUUAUUUAUACAGUUUAUGAAAUUUUAACGAAAUUAGAAAAAAGUAAAAACAUUCUGUUUGAACCUUUAUAAAAAUAUUGUUCCUUCCCUGGUUAGGAUCCAAAUUAGAAGUCUGAUUCUAAUUUAUUUGAUGUAGAAAAUAUUAGGUGAGAAUAACAUAAGAUUUAGAAUAAGCUGUAGUUGUAUGGAAUUAGGUUAAGUCUUUUCUUGUGUAUGUUUGCAAUCUGUUCAGUAAGUUUUGACGCUCUUCACAACAUUACAUCGUUCUUUAUCUAUAAAACAGGUAGUAAUAGGAAUUCGAGAAUGAUUUUUAUAUUAUGUUCAUUAAACACUGAAACUUCACAACAGAUUGCAAUCUUCCAUUAUUUUUAGAACUGGCUAUAUGCUGUGAAUUAAGCAGUUCGAAAAUAGCUUGUAUGCAAUAUUGAGUGUUUUGUAUAAAGUAAGUAGCGAGGCUCUCGGAUAGGGUGCACUUUAAGGCCGUAUACAAACCUCAUCCGCUAAAGAAGAGCAAUAUUAGCACGCGUUGUGUUUUUCAAUACAGUGACUUGGUGAAGUUGCGCAGGAAAUGAUGUAAAUUAUCAUGGUAUAUUUUUUGCACAAUGUGCAUUAUAGUAAAAGUUGUAAAGUAAGAAAUAACAUGCUAUUUUAUUUUUAUAAACGUAGGAUCGAAAAUUGUGGCAGAAAAGAAGCCGUCAAUGUUACAAAAGGUACAAUAUUAGGUAAAUGUU